ACUGAUAGACAAGAUCACCGCGUCUCCUGAUAACCCUAAGCCCCUUUGUCUUCAUGCCCUAGCCUCCAUUCUUGAAACCCAAGAAGCCAGGUCUUACUGCUAUCUCUAUAUCUCUCGCUCAAUAUAUAUCUACACACACGUAUUGUUAUUUAUGUUCUUGUAUGUGUUUAUAGCUACAAGAAAACGCUUAGCUCAAAGAUCGUUUGCUGAUUGACUGAAUUCUAAUUUUACUUUAGAGGCUCCGAAUGAUUCUGUCUAAAAGUCUAUUGAAAGGCAUUAAUUGUGCAUUUUGUUGUUUUUGUGUCAUAUGAUGAUAUGAAGCUUCACGAUGUAAUACGUAAAUAUUGUAAUGCUGAUGUUUCAAAUUUGAAGCGAAUUCGGUGUUUCGUUUACAUGACGAUUUUCCACUUUCACAUUUAUCAGGAUUGCUUCUUGGAAAACUAUUGAACACAGCUGCAGUCAUAGAUACAUUUAUCUAAUAUUGGAAAGAGUUUGUAUAACCUUGGCAUGUAUCUCACUCAGAAAUGACUGUUUGAUGAGCUUUUGAGUCUUAUAUUACUGUUGAGCUUGAGUGAGAGAUUUAAAUUUCAAGUAUUUAGUAACAUGUUACUCGUAUUUUUUUAUUCCUUUUAAUACAAAGCGAGUCAUAAUGUUGUAAUUGUGAGGUUGGUGUUUCUGUGUGUGAUUGAGAUUUUUUGGUUUGAAGAGAAUUCAAGUGGGUGCUGCCGUGUUGGUUUCUUCCUGGGUGUUUUUAUUUAUUAGGCUGAAAAUUCAUUAGAGUCCUUCAAGAACCCAUUGGCACAUUAUUUAAAUGUCUAAGAGGUUUAGUGUGGUUGCUGAUGUAUUUUAUGACAACUUCAUAUGGUCCAUUGAUCUUGUUUAAUGAGAGGCAUCCAUUAAGUAGUUCAAGCACAAGGUGAUAUGCAUACACACAAAUAUAUACGUAUGUACACAUGUUUUUAUAUAUUUAUCCGUCUAUGUUUGGUAUAUCUGUAUAUGUAUCUCGAUUUCAGGAUACUACAAGUGGGCAUCUUCUUAGUCUAGCACAUUCCUAGCAAGUGUGUUGUUGAACUGGAAUUAAUUAUAAUUGUUCAUCAUAAAAUUGAAGAUGUCUAAGGUGGAUACAGGCACAUUAUUUGAAAAUUUAAACUACUCUAGUGGUAUCGUAUGCACCAUAUGGACUUUGGCUUGGGUUCAUAACAUUAUGUAGGUGGCUAGAAAUUCAUUUUUACGUUCUGGUCACUGAUGGAAUAUUGGCGUGCAACAUUUUUGAUUUUCAAAUACACCUAGCACUUCAUGACAUACGUAAAGGAGAACAAGGCUUCAGUCAGUUUUUUGAGAAUUGAGAGUGCAACCAGUAAGAUGCAAAAGCAGCUAUGAACGGACAAGUUCACGAUUAAAUUUUCUGCCAUCUAUUUGAUACAUUAAUAUGUACAUGGAAGAGACUGGUCAUACAUCCAUAAAUAAUGGUCGAGCUUCCCAUAACAUAGGACGUUUGGGGAACUUACUCCGGGAUAACGACGAGUUCUUUGAAUUGAUAUCUGCAAAGUUUCUGUCUGAAACUCGUUAUUCAGUAGCUGUUCAAGCCGCUGCUUUAAGACUUCUCUUCAGUUGUUCGCUGACUUGGAUGUAUCCACACGUUUUUGAAGAAACUGUUUUGGAGAACAUAAAGAGUUGGGUGAUGGAUGGGACAACAAGAUCUUCCGCUGAAGAUCAUAAAGGGAAGAACGGGUCUGGUGCAAGACAAUCAUCAGAUUCUGAAAUGAUGAAAACCUAUUCUACUGGACUUCUGGCUGUAUGUUUGGCUGGCGGAGGUCAAGUAGUGGAAGACGUUCUUACAUCUGGAUUGUCUGCCAAGCUUAUGCGAUAUCUUCGCAUUCGUGUUUUAGGAGAGGCAAGUACAAGUCAAAAAGAAUCCAACUAUCUGUUAGACAGCAAAAGUUCAUCAGCUGCUACAUCCAUUAGAGCUAGAGAAGAUAAUCGGGGAAGGUUCAGGCAUGCUUCAGAAACAUCUCAGCUGGAACCUCCUAGAAUAACGGAGGAGGGGACUUCAGAUGAUCAGGUUACUGAAAGAGAUCGGAAUAGGAGCUUUAUUAGGCAGACAUGCACUGAUGACCGGUGGGCUGAACCUCCUGAUGGUUUCGACGAGGAUAAUGAAACUCAUGAGACAGAUACAGAUGGGCACGUUAGAGAUUUACGUGAUGGGAAGACGAAGGUAAGUGACAGAAGUAGCCAUGGAAAAUCCUUACGGGAAGAUGAAAUUGAAGAAAGUGGCCGAGACGACCUGUCGAGGCGUAGGGCAAAUCGUGGAUUGGUAAGAUCUAGAGGGAAAGGAAGGAUCAAUGAAGGUAUUGUGGAGAAUGAACACAUUUUAACCUCUCCAGGAUCUGGGAGUAGAUUUGGAGGACAAGGACGGAGUAUCAAGGACAGGAGUUCAUUAAGAAGUCUAGAAUCAAAACGUGUGGCUGACGUCAAGAAGUCUUCUGUAAGGAUAGGUGCUGAUGCUCUGAUCCUGGAAAGAGAUGAUUGUGAUGACUGCUUCCAAGACUGUAAGGUUGGUUCAAAGGAUAUCUCUGAUCUGGUGAAGAAGGCUGUUAGAGCUGCUGAAGCUGAAGCCAGAGCAGCUAAUGCUUCUGCGGAGGCCAUUAAAGCUGCUCGUGAUGCUGCUGCUGAACUUGUUAAAACUGCAGCAUUGGAGGAAUUUAAAAGGACAAAUGAUGAAGAAGCUGCAGUUCUGUCUGCAUCUCGAGCUGCAUCGACGGUCGUGGAUGCAGCUAAUGCUACUGAAGUUUCUAGGAGUCAUAAUGCUGAUGGCGGUGAGUCAGCUAAUCCUAAGGAGCCAGAACCUGAGACAACUGAGGAGGUUGAGGAGUUCUUCAUCCUUGAUUGUGAAUCUUUGGCAAAGCUAAGGGAAAAAUUCUGUAUUCAGUGUCUAGAGAUUUUGGGAGAAUAUAUUGAGGUUCUUGGUCCUGUGCUACAUGAGAAAGGGGUAGAUGUCUGUCUUGCUUUGCUGCAACGAAAUUCUGAUCUUAAAGAGGCAUCACAGAUUGCAGUACUUUUGCCUGAUGUGUUGAAAUUAAUCUGUGCCUUGGCUGCCCAUCGUAAAUUUGCUGCAUUAUUUGUAGAUCGUGGUGGUAUACAAAAGCUUCUUGCACUGCCGAGAGAGUCACUGACAUUCUAUGGUUUAUCUUCCUGUCUAUUCGCAAUUGGUUCACUCCAGGGAAUAAUGGAGCGUGUAUGUGCCCUUCCCUCGGAUGUCAUCCAUCAGUUGAUUGCAUUAGCUCUUCAACUUCUUGAGUGCUCCCAGGACCAAGCAAGGAAAAAUGCAGCUUUAUUUUUUGCUAAUGCUUUUGUCUUCAGAGCUGUAUUAGAUGCUUUUGAUAAUCAGGAUGGUCUGCAGAAGCUGUUAAAGCUUUUGGGUGAAGCAGCAUCAGUGAGAGCCGGGGUUAGUUCAGGGACAGUGGGAUCCUCUACUUCAGGAUCACUUCGAAAUGAUCGAACCCCUCCGGAGGUGUUGACAUCAUCAGAGAAGCAGAUUGCAUACCAUACAACUGUUGCAUUGCGCCAAUAUUUUAGAGCACACCUUCUAUUGCUUGUGGAUUCAAUUCGUCCUAGUAAGAAUUUUCGAAGUGCAGCACGAAAUAUUCCAAGUUCUAGGGCAGCCUAUAAGCCACUUGACAUCAGUAAUGAGGCUAUAGAUGCUGUAUUUCGUCAAAUACAGAAAGAUCGGAAGCUUGGUCCUGCAUUUGUGAGAGCUCGUUGGCCUGCAGUUGAUAAGUUCUUGAAUUGCAAUGGGCAUAUUACGAUGUUGGAGUUGUGUCAGGCUCCACCAGUCGAGCGAUACUUGCAUGAUUUGCUUCAAUAUGCAUUGGGUGUUCUGCACAUUGUUACUUUGGUUCCUUACAGUCGCAAAUUGGUUGUAAGUGCUACCCUGAGCAAUGAUCGUCUAGGUAUAGCAGUCAUUCUGGAUGCAGCGAAUGGUGCUGGUUUUGUUGACCCUGAGAUUAUUCAGCCAGCACUGAAUGUUCUGGUCAAUCUUGUUUGCCCUCCACCGUCAAUUAGUAAUAAGCCAACUAUGCCAGGACAAGGACAGACGUCUAAUGCCCAAACAUCAAAUGCUCCUUCUUCAGAAACCAGGGAAAGAAACGCAGAUCGGAAUACAUCAGAGCUUAACAGUGCCAGCUUGAAUGAGCCAAGAGAUCGGAAUGGCGAAUCUAGUGUGGUAGACCGAGGGACAGCAGCAGCACUUGGUACGUCAUUUACUACUUCUGGAUUGGUCGGUGAUCGUAGAAUAUCUUUAGGUGCUGGGGCGGGUUGUGCUGGCCUCGCUGCACAAGUGGAACAAGGUUACCGUCAAGCAAGAGAGGCAGUCCGAGCCAAUAAUGGCAUCAAAGUUCUACUUCAGCUCCUCCAGCCACGGAUAAUAACACCUUCUACUGCCCUUGACUGUCUUCGUGCUCUGGCAUGCAGAGUCUUGCUUGGUUUAGCAAGGGAUGAUACGAUUGCACACAUAUUAACAAAACUUCAGGUUGGGAAAAAGUUAUCAGAACUCAUUAGGGAUUCUGGCAGUCAGACACCGGGCGGCGAACAGGGGAGGUGGCAGACAGAACUAUCUCAGGUCGCAAUUGAGCUUAUGGCGAUUGUAACAAAUUCAGGCCGAGCAAGUACAUUAGCUGCUACUGAUGCUGCUACACCUACUCUUAGGCGCAUCGAGAGAGCUGCAAUAGCUGCUGCAACUCCUAUUACUUACCAUUCUAGGGAACUUUUACUGCUGAUUCAUGAGCAUCUACAGGCCUCUGGCUUAUCAACGACUGCAUCUGCACUUUUGAAAGAGGCUCAGCUGACACCGUUGCAAUCGUUGGCUGCCCCAUCAUCUCUAGCAUAUCAAACAUCUGGUCAGGAGAGCUCGUCAGUACAGAUUCAGUGGCCAGCUGGGCGCUCCCCUUGCGGGUUUCUUACUACAGAGAGAUCCAAACAACAAGAAGAUUCUAACCUGAAACAGGAUUCAUCUUUGUCUGUAAAGAGGCGGCCUUUAGUUAUAUCAUCUGCACUUGGACAGUCAAAAAUUUCUUCUUACUUUAAUGAAUACCCUUCUCCAUCAAGCAGCAGAAUUAUCAGUUCCUCAAAGAAGCCGCCUCCUGCUGCUGCUGCUGCUGCUGCUGCUGCCGUCACAUCAGAAGCUUCGUCAACUUCUACAGUUGAAAACCAAGUUGAUUCAGAUAGUGUCUUCAAAACUCCAAUCAUAUUGCCCCUGAAGCGUAAGCUGACUGAAUUAAGAGAUGUUGGUCCUCCAUCGUCAAGUAAACGACUCAACACCAGUGACCUAGGAUUCCGUUCUCCUGUCUGUCCAACACCAAACACUGUUCGUAAAAGCAGUUUACUAGGUGACACUCCCAUGUUCUCCACAUCAAGUUCUUUUAAGGACCUUCAUUGGAGAACACCAGGAAGUGUUGGUAUAUCUGAUGGUUUAGAUGAUAAUCAUAACACACACAAUCAUGGACUUCCACUCGACCCACAGUCCACUUCUGAGCGACUAACCUUGGAUUCCAUCGUUGUUCAGUAUUUAAAGCACCAACAUCGGCAAUGCCCAGCUCCAAUAACCACAUUACCACCCCUCUCUCUCUUGCAUCCACAUGUCUGUCCAGAAUCAAAACGAAGCCUUGAUGCUCCGUCAAACAUCACUGCUAGGCUUAACACACGUGAAUUUAGAAAUAUGUACGGUGGAAUCCAUGGGAGUCGCAGGGAUCGCCAAUUUGUCUAUAGUAGAUUUAGACCAUGGCGGACAUGUAGGGAUGACACUGGUGUCCUAUUGACAUGCAUUACCUUUCUUGGUGAUUCUUCUCAAAUUGCUGCUGGUAGCCACUCUGGAGAGCUCAAGGUUUUUGAUUCAAAUAGCAACAAUAUGUUAGAGAGCAGCCCUGGUCAUCAGUUCCCUUUGACCAUGGUCAAAUCCUUUAUUUCUGGAGAUACCCAGUUACUUCUUUCUUCAAGCUCACACGAUGUAAGAUUGUGGGAUGCACCUACGGUGUCUGCUGGACCCAGAUAUUCAUUUGAUGGUAUCAAGGCUGCUACAUUCAGUCAUUGUGGGACCAUGUUUGCGGCACUAUCUUCUGAGUUAUCAAGACGAGAGAUUCUCUUAUAUGAUGUCCAGACCUGUAAAUCUGAUUUGAAGCUCACGGACCAAUCUUCUAGCGCUUCCAGCAAAGGGCAUGCUUAUUCUCAGGUUCACUUUAGCCCUUCAGACAUUAUGCUCCUCUGGAAUGGUGUGUUGUGGGAUCGUCGUGUUCCAGGUCCUGUCCAUCGUUUCGAUCAAUUCACUGAUUAUGGGGGUGGUGGCUUUCAUCCUGCUGGUAACGAGGUAAUCAUAAAUUCUGAAGUGUGGGAUCUUCGAAACUUUAGGCUUCUCCGAAGCGUACCCUCCUUGGAUCAAACGGUGAUAACCUUCAAUGCCAGUGGCGACGUGAUAUAUGCAAUUCUGAGAAGAAAUCUAGAAGAAGUUACUUCAGCCUUCCAGACCCGACGCGUUAAGCAUCCUUUAUUCUCUGCUUUCCGAACAUUAGAUGCCGUCAACUACUCGGACAUCGCCACUAUUCCGGUCGACCGUUGCGUUCUCGAUUUCGCGACCGAGCCCACUGAUUCUUUCGUCGGGCUGGUGACGAUGGACGACCAAGACGAGAUGUAUUCUUCGUCCCGAGUCUAUGAAAUCGGCCGGCGGAAACCUACAGACGACGAUUCCGAUCCAGACGAUGCGGAAAGCGAAGAGGAAGAUGAAGAUGAAGACGAUGAGGAUAUUGACGAAGAUGCGUUGUUGGGAAAUGAUGAAGAUGGUGACGAUAUGAGUAAUGAUGAAGAUAGUUUGAGCGAUCUCGAUGAUGAUGAUGAGGGGGAUGAUGGUGAUUUCGUGAUGGAUGGUAUGGACUUUGAUGGCGAGGGUGGGAUAUUUGAGAUCAUGACCGAUGGUGAAGAUGGCGAUGAGGAUGAUGAUGGCGAUGAUGAUGAGCUGAUCGAGUCGUUGAGUAGUGGCGAUGAUGAAGAUUUCAUCGGAGGAUUCUAAAUUGGAAAAUUAAAAUGAGUGUAUUAUAGUCGUUAUAAUUAUUUUGGUAGGAUGAAAAGCCUUCCGUAUCUCCAAGUUUUGACGAUGGUAGCAAAAUGCAGGAGGUUUUUAUUCCUUUUCUGGCGGAUGUUGAAAAAUGAUGUUUUUUAUCGACAAAGGGUACGGACUUUCCGACUUGUGUUUUUAGUUUA